UUCAACACAGAACAGUCACACAGUGAAAACUAUUAGGAAAAGUCUCUGCAUCCUGAACAACCAAAGCGUAACAGGAGCAGAAAUCAUGAAAAUCAUUCUUAUCUUUCUAUUCACUGCCCCACUCACUCUCUCAGCUAGAGCUGAGAAGGACUUUUCUGCCCUUGAUUCGGCCGCAUCUCCUGAGACAAAAUCAAGAUUUGCCAUGCUAGAUGAUGUACGAAUCUUAGCCAACGGACUCCUCCAGCUUGGGCACGGUCUUAAGGACUUUGUGCAUAAGACAAAGGGGCAGAUGAAUGACAUUUUUCAAAAACUUUACAUUUUUGAUAAGUCCUUUUAUGAGCUCUCACUGCAAACCAGUGAAAUCAAAGAAGAAGAAGAACUACUCCGACAAACUACUGCCAGACUGCAAAUCAACAACGAAGAGAUAAAGAAUCUCUCGCAGGAGAUGAAUUUGAAGAUUGAAGACCUCAUACAAAACAAAAUCCAGCUGCAGGAGAAGGUGUGGGGACUGGAGGACAAAGUCACUAAGCUGGCCAUUACCCAGCCUACAGUGCAAGAGACAAAUGAAAUUUCUUCACUCAAAGCUUUUGUGGAGCGGCAGGACAACCACAUCAAGCAGCUUCUGAAAAUCGUGGAGGACCAGCAUGCACAGCUCGACAAACAGCACAACCAAAUCAUGGAGCUGGAGGACAAGCUGAACCACAUAGAGCUCCAGGAACUCGCAGAGAAUUCCUUCACUGGGGAGCACACAGAACCAGAGACCACCCCCUUUUUUGUGCACAACUCCACAGCUGUAACAUACAAAUAUGAAGGUGCUGCUCCUGACUGCACUGCUCUCUACAACAGCGGCAUACAGACCAGUGGCACUUACACUAUUAAGCCCAAUGGCUCAGAAGCUUUCGAUGUCUACUGUGAAACAAAAUUCGGCACUUCCUGGACCGUAAUCCAGAACAGAGUGGACGGAUCACUAGAUUUUAACCAAACCUGGGACGCCUAUGCCAAGGGGUUUGGUGAUCUCAAUGAGGAAUUCUGGCUCGGCCUGAACAAGACCUAUGCCAUUACUCAACAAGGGGACUACAUCUUACGGAUCGAGCUGCAGGACUGGAAAGAUAAUAAACGUUACAUCGAGUAUGCAUUCGACCUGGGAGGCCCGGAGACAGACUACACACUUCAGCUUUCACGGAUCUCUGGGAGCAUCCCCAACGCGCUGCCCGAGCAGAUGGAGCUGCGGUUCUCAACUGCAGACCAUGACAUGGCUGCAAUAAACAACUUCAACUGCCCAGAAAACUAUCUAGGAGGCUGGUGGCACAGCGAGUGCGAGGAAACCAAUCUUAACGGGAAAUACGUCGCUCCAAGAUCAAAAGGAAGACUAGACAGAAGAAAAGGCUUAUACUGGAAGCCUAAGAAAGGAAGAUACUACUUGCUCAAAUCAACCAAAAUAAUGAUACACCCAACAGAUCUAAAAAGCUUUGACUGAAUGCUUAACCUGACGCAUGUGAAUUCAGAACAUAUACACUGAACACUGCUACAUCAGAGAAAUUCAUGUUAUGUUUAGUAACAGAUGCAUAUCCAAAUCCAUACACUGUAUGGUGUAUUCUCCAAUGACACAAAGCCUGAGGCAUGUGUGAUGGCCUUACCAUACGGUUGGUGAGUAUUCUCCUUCCCCCUAGCCCAAAUGUCAACCUGCUAUAAGUUAAGUAGGGUUUUACCUCCCCAGGAUCAAACCCUAGUGCCUAGGAAUCGGCUGCCUGUUCACGUAUUAGAUAAUAUUGCUUGGGGGAAAGGGUUUUCAGGCUGUUGCAUUUGUCUCUGGGUUGUGUAGGGGGGAACAGGAAAAGUGUUUCAGCAAAUAUAAAGGGCUGGCAAAAUGCUACAGAAGACAUUUAGGUGUUAAUUUGUAGGAAAAAUAAGAAAUUCUGUUUCAUAAAG